UUAUCGAAUACAGAACCGAAUUUCGUUGGCUCCUUCGACGUUGACGAAUAUGUGUACUUCUUUUUCCGUGAACAUGCCGUCGAGUAUAUUAAUUGCGGCAAAGCUAUCUAUUCGCGUAUAGCACGCGUCUGCAAGAAUGAUCGUGGCGGCAAAUAUAUGAUCAGCCAAAAUUGGGCGACCUACCUGAAGGCGCGCAUCAAUUGCAGCAUCUCGAGCGAAUUCCCAUUUUACUUCAAUGAAAUACAAUCGGUCUAUAAAAUGCCAACAGAUGACACCAAAUUCUAUGCUACCUUCACGACGAACACACAUGGCAUUGUCGGUUCGGCGGUAUGUAGCUACGACAUACGCGACAUCAAUGCAGCCUUCGAAGGCAAAUUCAAAGAGCAAGCAACUUCAAACUCAGCUUGGCUGCCGGUACUCAAUUCGAAAGUGCCCGAACCCAGACCGGGCACAUGCACCAACGAUACAGCAGCGCUGCCAGAUUCGGUGUUAAAUUUCAUACGCAAACAUCCGCUAAUGGACAAGGCGGUCGAUCAUGAAUUCGGCAAUCCAGUAUUUUAUAAAAGGGAUAUCAUACUCACCAAGCUGGUGGUAGAUAGAAUUCGCAUCGACAAACUAAAUCAAGAGUAUCUGGUGUAUUUCGUGGGCACCAGCACCGGCCUCAUCUACAAAAUCGUGCAAUUCAUACGCUACGGUCAACGCUUCUCCAAUCUGCUCGACGUGCUGGAGGUGGCCUACAAUGAGCCGAUACGCGAGAUGGGUUUGAGUCAGAAGACGGGCUCAUUGUACUUGGCUACGGAUCACAAUGUGAAGCAAAUCGAUUUGGCGAUGUGCGCCCGCCGCUACGAUUCGUGUUUCCGCUGUGUGGCCGAUCCGUAUUGCGGCUGGGACAAGGAUGCGAGCACCUGCAAGCCAUACCAGCUGGGACUGCUGCAGGAUGUUGCCAAUGAGACUUCCGGCAUUUGUGACACGAGCGUUUUGAAAAAACGCAUCACCGCCUCGUACGGCCAGACACUGCAUCUGUCGUGUUUCGUCAAAAUCCCUGAGGUGCUGCGGCAGAAGUCGGUGCGUUGGUAUCACCAUUCAACGGAGCGAGGACGGUAAGUUUGUAGACACAAAAUUUUGUUUUGUUAUUCAUAGACAGUAGAUAUUUUAAGUUUAAGUCAACAAGAAGA